CAGCUAAAAAACAAGGAACACCAGAGAAGGAUCGCGAUAUUACACGAACUACUACUCCCAACAUGCAAAGCGGAGUCUUUCCCUCGGUAUCGGCCUGGGAGUCCGAGAGGCCCAGCAGCCCUCGGGGCGCGAAAGGCAACCUGGGAGCGGUAGUUCUCCUGGGCCCUAGUAUUGUCGCCCACGCGGCAGUAGCGGCUUCUACGGCUCCAAGCCAGCGGGUCCUGUGAAGGCGAGCAGACGCGGAGAAAGGACGCGGGAGUGAGAGAGGGUGAGUCAGCUACUGUCUAAACGAUAAAGGGAGGCGGCUCCGCAGGGUAGGGCUGAAUUCAGUAAAUGGGCUCGUGCUGCGGUCUCUUGGGAGACGCUGCUAUCUUAGCGUCAGCGAGGGAAGGUUGAGGAGGAGCCAGAGCCGGGUCCGGCAGCCUUUCUCGCCAUCAGCGCCCGUCGCCAUCUCCACCAUGCAGUCCCGGGAAGACGCCCCGCGCUCUCGCCGCCUCGCCAGUCCCCGUGGUGGGAAGCGGCCCAAGAAGAUUCACAAACCCACAGUUUCGGCCUUUUUCACGGGUCCAGAGGAAUUAAAGGACACGGCCCAUUCUGCAGCCCUGCUGGCACAGCUCAAGUCCUUCUACGAUGCGCGGCAGCUGUGUGAUGUGACCAUCGAGGUGGUGACGCCUGGCAGCGGGCCUGGCACGGGUCGCCUCUUCCCCUGCAACCGCAAUGUGCUGGCCGCCGCGUGUCCCUACUUCAAGAGCAUGUUCACAGGUGGCAUGUACGAGAGCCAGCAGACUAGCGUGACCAUGCACGAUGUGGACGCCGAGUCCUUCGAGGUGUUGGUCGACUACUGCUACACGGGUCGUGUGUCUCUCAGCGAGGCCAACGUGGAGCGCCUGUACGCGGCCUCCGACAUGCUGCAACUGGAGUAUGUGCGGGAAGCCUGUGCCUCCUUCUUAGCCCGACGUCUUGACCUGACCAACUGCACCGCCAUCCUCAAGUUUGCAGACGCCUUUGGCCAUCGCAAGCUGCGAUCCCAGGCCCAGUCCUAUAUAGCUCAGAACUUCAAGCAGCUCAGCCACAUGGGUUCAAUUCGGGAGGAGACUCUAGCAGAUCUGACCCUGGCCCAGCUGCUGGCUGUCCUGCGCUUGGAUAGUCUGGACGUGGAGAGUGAGCAGACAGUGUGCCACGUGGCAGUGCAGUGGCUGGAGGCUGCUCCCAAAGAGCGGGGUCCCAGUGCUGCAGAAGUCUUCAAGUGCGUGCGCUGGAUGCACUUUACUGAAGAAGAUCAGGACUACUUAGAAGGGCUGCUGACCAAGCCCAUCGUGAAGAAAUACUGCCUGGACGUUAUUGAAGGGGCCCUGCAGAUGCGCUAUGGUGACCUGUUGUACAAGUCUCUGGUGCCAGUGCCAAACAGCAGCAGCAGCAGUAGCAGCAGCAACUCUCUUGUAUCUGCAGCAGAAAAUCCACCCCAGAGACUGGGUAUGUGUGCCAAGGAGAUGGUGAUCUUCUUUGGACACCCCAGAGAUCCCUUUCUCUGCUGUGAUCCAUACUCGGGGGACCUUUACAAAGUGCCGUCACCUUUGACCUGUCUGGCUCACACUAGGACUGUCACCACCUUAGCUGUCUGUAUCUCUCCUGACCAUGACAUCUAUCUAGCUGCCCAGCCCAGGACAGACCUCUGGGUGUAUAAACCAGCUCAGAACAGUUGGCAGCAACUUGCAGAUCGCUUGCUGUGUCGUGAGGGCAUGGAUGUGGCAUAUCUCAAUGGCUACAUCUACAUUUUGGGGGGGCGAGACCCUAUUACUGGAGUUAAGUUGAAGGAAGUGGAAUGCUACAAUGUUAAGAGAAACCAGUGGGCAUUGGUGGCUCCACUGCCCCAUUCUUUUUUAUCUUUUGACCUAAUGGUAAUUCGGGACUAUCUCUAUGCUCUCAACAGUAAGCGCAUGUUCUGUUAUGAUCCUAGCCAUAAUAUGUGGUUGAAGUGCGUUUCUCUGAAGCGCAAUGACUUUCAGGAAGCGUGCGUCUUUAAUGAGGAGAUCUAUUGUAUCUGUGACAUCCCAGUCAUGAAGGUCUACAACCCAGUUAGGGCAGAAUGGAGGCAAAUGAAUAAUAUUCCCUUGGUCUCAGAGACCAACAACUACCGGAUUAUCAAGCAUGGCCAAAAAUUGUUGCUCAUCACCUCUCGCACCCCACAGUGGAAAAAGAACCGGGUGACUGUGUAUGAAUAUGAUAUUAGGGGAGACCAAUGGAUUAAUAUAGGUACCACAUUAGGCCUCUUGCAGUUUGAUUCUAACUUUUUUUGCCUCUCUGCUCGUGUUUAUCCUUCCUGCCUUGAACCUGGUCAGAGUUUUCUCACUGAAGAAGAAGAAAUACCAAGUGAGUCUAGCACUGAAUGGGACUUAGGUGGAUUCAGUGAGCCAGACUCUGAGUCAGGAAGUUCAAGUUCUCUUUCUGAUGAUGAUUUUUGGGUGCGUGUAGCGCCUCAGUGAAAUGCACAGGAUCAGCAGGGUUUGUUGUAACUGAAUUGAAACACUGAGUUGUUUUUACUGUUUUGGAAAAUAUCUUAAAUAUCCUUUUUGUUCCUAAAGGAAAGGAAAAGUUGAUUAGCUGCUGGUUUGGUUUAGAAAAAGUAAUAUUUGAAAUACGAAGGUAAUUUAAUAUUACAAAUUUUAACACUCAGAUCAACCUUUUAAUAAUUUUCUGUGCUAAGGGUCCAGUAUUUAUUUGAUUAUUUAGUAUGUUUAUGUUUCAUGACACUAAUUUAGUCUUUUGAUAAAUUUUACAUUCUGUUUACUGCCACAAGCACUGUGGCAGUAACUUUUGAAUUUUAAUUUUUAUAAUAGAAAAAUGAUUAGGAAUUGCUAGAUAGUGUUUUGAAAGCUUAUCUUUUUCUUCGGAACAAUGUAGAUUUCCAAAAUGGUUAACCUAAGAGGUCUUUGCAAAAUGUGUUAUAAGUUAAACAUAAUUUGGGAAGUUUUACUUUUGUUUUCUUCUAUGAAGAAAAAAAUGCAGGCCGGGCGCGGUGGCUCACGUCUGUAAUCCCAGCACUUUGGGAGGCCGAGGCGGGUGGAUCACCUGAGGUCACGAGUUCAAGACCAGCCUGACCAACAUGGUGAAACCCCAUCUCUGCUAAACAUACAAAAAUUAGCUGGGCCUGGUGUCGUGUGCCUGUAAUCCCAGCCACCCAGGAGGCCAAGGCAGGAGAAUUGCUGGAACCCGGGAGUCAGAGGCUACAGAGAACCGAGAUUGGGCCACUGCACUCCAGCCUGGGUGACAGAGCAAGACUCCGUGUCAAAAAAAA